UUAAUCUGUUAGCUUUAUUAAUUAAUUUAAAAAAUGUCUUUUAAGUGUCCGAUAUGUGGUGGAUACUACAUGCACCUGAGCCAGCAUCUGAGGGUGACCCACAAAGUCUUCAACGUGGAGGAGAGGAAGCUCCUUCUGGCCCUGGAGUCUGGCAGGGUCGACGUCCGUAAAGGACGUUGCCCUGUCCCCGGGUGCCAGAAGGAGGUAGCUCGGAUGGACCGGCACCUUCACGGCCACAGCGAGCUCUCGGCGAAGGCUCGCCGGAAGGCCUUCGCCGAGGUCAAAAGGGUCCGCAUAUUAGAAAAGCUGGCUGCCUUGAGGGCCGACGGACCGGCGGUGCCGAUGGCGUCUACCCUGGACCUGCAGAGGGAAGAGGAGCAGGCCAGGGAAGAAGCCAUCGACACGCCGGAAGAAGACGACGACGAGCAGCCCUGCGGCUCCGAGGCCUGCGAGAGGCGGGUGGCGCGCCUGCGAGUGAGGGUGUGCGACUUGGAGAAACAAGUCGACACCCUCACUACCACAUUGCAGGCGGUGACCCGCCGGUGCAAGCAGCUUCUGCGCCGGCAGCCUGACAAGUCGGCCGCCGACUUCAAAGGCGUGACGCAGAAGCUGCUGCAGGCCUUGGAGUCUCCCGUGGAGGACGAGGAGGAGGCGGGACCGUCGAAAAAGCGAGGGACCAGGGAGAGGACUCCAAGGCCUUCCUCGCCGCCCCCGCAAGAGCCCCCCGCAGGAGGAUCGGAUCCUGUCGAGGAGGAGAGCGCCACGUCUCGGUACCCCGAACAUAGCGCGGUGCUGAACCAGCUCCUGGAGGAGUACCGCCUGCACCAGCAGGGCCCGGAACCCUCCAGGAAGCUGAAGGAGAACGUGGCGGGAAAGAUCUAUAGGAUCCGGUCCUUCAUCGGGCACAUGGCGGCGGGGAAGGGGCGCCUUUCUACUUUGGAGUUCCUGGACAACCCCGGGAUGAUCAGGAAGUGAGUUUCGCUCCCGUCGUUUUGACGUUUUAACUCUGAACGUUAACUCUGGUCAUUAACUCUUUCUUUUCUUUCAUCCGCAGAUGGCUGGGCAG